UACCGCGGUCGUGACAAACUCCGCCGAUGAUGUGGUAUUUCCUGUUGGAUUCUCUAUUGAACGUGACCACAUUUCUUUACUGGAAACCAUGAUUUGCUGGAGAGCGGAGACCAAGUCAAAAUAGGCAUUGUGUAGGUUGGAUUACCGCUAUUGUUUGACUUAUUUACAAUCUUUGACUGUUUAGAGUCGCUAAAUUCCUACCGAUAUUUAUACGAGGGCACGAAUUUAAACGCCUGGGAGAUGAGGGCAAGGUGAUAGAUAUCAGAUGUAUCCAAACGAUUUGUCGUACGACACCGAUUUAUAACUACAAUCCAGAUCAAGCAAUUUCGAACGCUAUUCCCAAGAGAUUGGUGGUCUGUCUUUGUCACGAAUUGUAUUGAUGAUCGGAUAAUUCUAAUGUUGACCGCCUAGUGAUCAAACAGAACAUUGCCCGCGGGGUAGAAAGGACGUACGCGGUUUGAUAUUUUCGCGUCCACUCGCCCAUCACACAAUCAACCUUUAUACCGCCGUUUUACUCGCUCGCCUCUUGCAUUUCGCUGACUUCGACCAAGAAGUUCUGUGUGGGAGCGAUUGGUGAUGACAGAAGCUUGCCACUUUGCUGUCUGUUAAAAGUUCUUAUCUGGAUUUUACCAACAAGAAACUACGGACAUUCAGUAAAACACUUGGUCGAAUUCUUACGGCUUCGAUUCAGUGAUGGAGCGAACUAUGAGCAUGAAUCAAGUAAACGAACACAUCACGUGUAAACUGUGUAACGGGUACCUCAUAGACGCUACGACAAUCAUCGAAUGUCUACAUACAUUUUGUCGAAGCUGCAUCGUUAAAUAUCUACACGAAAAUAACCAUUGCCCAACGUGUAACGUCUUCCUUCACCAUAGCCACCCUAUGAAUUACAUCAGCGCUGAUAGGACGAUGCAGGAAAUUGUAUUUAAGUUAGUACCAGGCCUACAAGAGUGGGAACUCCAAAGGCAGAAAGAAUUCGAGGUAGCAAUGUUCAUGUACCGAACUGGAGAACAACAGAGUGUGUAUAAUAACGCCAGGAAGAAAGAAAGCAGAACGGACGCAAAUCGCCCCAGUCCGUGUUCAUCCGGCUCUACGACGCCGACUGGUGAAGUACAAGACUAUCACCGUAACGACGAGCAAGUCGCUAUAUGUAUGGAAUGCUACAGGUCAUCAAGCGGAAGUCAUCUAUUGAAGCCGUUACAACGAAAAUAUCUUCGACUCUCAUCCCAAGCCACCGUACAACAUCUAAAGAAGUUCAUCGCAAAGAAAUUAUCACUCAAAGCAUUCACUGAAGUCGAUAUCUUAUGCAAUGACGAAAUACUCGGCAAGGACCAUACGCUCAAAUUUAUAACAGUCACGAGAUGGCGAUUCAAGAAGUCACCGUUACUUCUACACUACAGACCAAGCCUAAAUCUGUACUAAUCACAACUCACAACGUGGUCUCAAGUGUCUCCUUACACGCAAGCACCCAGCCAGCAUCGAUAGAAAAUAUUAUAAAUUGCAUAUAUAUUUUAUAUAGAUUUAUAGGCAAAGAUUUGUACAAAAAUCAAAUUUUCAAUUGCGCAAUUUUUUGCUGAGAUUUACGCAUAUCUAAAGUUGAUAUUACCCGCGCUAUCUACCACUCUAAUAAGGUUUUAAAAGGGUACCGUAUUUAUCGCGGUACGCCAUGAUAUUGUUGUUUAUGUUGAGAUCGGUGUACAGAUGAAGAGCCAAGAUUCCCAAAAGGGACCAAAGGCGUCCUUAUAGAGCAUAUUAACUUGGGCCUCCCGCUGACAACGCCCCUGGGGUGGGCUGGUAUCACCCCGAUGUCCCUUGGCGCCCAACGUUUAAUUCAGAACUCAAAAUGGCCACCAUAUAUGCACAUAUCAUCAAGACAAAAAAUUAUCGCGAUGUGUUACUUGUUCGCGUCACUUCAACAUGACUCUUCCGCAGAAGAACGUGUCUUUCGCGGCCGAAAAAAGAAAGCGCUCUACCCUGAGCCUUGUCAACAGAGGACUUGCGCUAAGAGACCGAGUGACUUUUCUGGGUGGCAAAUUCAAAACAAAAUCAUCGAACUAAAAAUUAGUCCAGAGAUGAAAGAAAUGAAACUUAACCCUUUCUGGAAAAAAAAAAAAUCUGGCUUUUUUUUUGUAAGCGCUGGAUAACUUGCUUUUUGUUGCUGUUAUUUUGCCACUAAAAGCUUGAGAGUUCGCUAGUUUGCCUUCCAAACAGCCACGUGAUCUCUUAGCGCAAGUCCCAAGUCCCGAAUUCAUACGAUGCUAUUGCACAUUUCUUGUAAGACGCAGGUUCGAGAGCGUUUUCGCGAGUGCACUGUAUCAAGACGUGACGCUUUGUAUCAAAUGAUUAGGGUAGGACAACAUAUUGAGAAAACAGCGCACAAAAAACGCCUCGACUUAGCGUCUUCACAAGCCUUUUGAGAAGAUUUAAUAAACAGAAUUAAAAAUUCUUAAUAAGUAAA